AUGGCACUUAAAAUCAAACAUUUAAAUAAAAAUAUUAAAUCAAACAACAAACAGACUCAUCCACAGAAAGACGUGCAUUUUUUUAUUUGUUCGUUGAAAUAUCAUUUUCGAAUAGGCCGCAUCCUUGGGCAAAGUGCCAAUUUGAUAAGUGUCUAUUUAACAUCCGUUAUGACUUGUAGUAACAGCUUAAACCAACUUAUCAAAAUACAUUUAAUUACUUCAAAGCCGCACAAAAGAUUCAACGAUACGAAUAAUGUGUAA